UUUGCCCAAAGUUAGCCCCGCUUCUGCUCUCUGAAAUAAAGGGAAGUUUAAUUCCACACCGGGUUGGCGGCAUAAAAAAAAAUUCCCACGCGAGUUUUCGGGUCUGAUGCUCGGCUGCAGCUGCCAUCAUGUUCACCAAAAAGAAAAAGUCUCGCAUCCAAAUCUCCGCUCCGUCCAACUUUGAGCACCGUGUGCACACAGACUUUGACGAGCAGGAGCAGAAGUUCGUUGGGCUGCCGCGGCAAUGGCAUUCGCUCAUCGAAGACACGGCCAAAAGACCCAAGCCCUUCAUCGACGUCACCGGCAUCACGACUGUAGAGCCGCGCAAGACAAUUGUACGUGGCAGCAAGCUUGGAGUGGACGGCUCUCUGACCUGGCUGCUGGAUGAGUUUGACACCAUGUCCGUUACUCGCUCCAACUCCCUGCGACGGGGCAGCCCCCCCACCCAGCCUCGCAAGGGCUCUAGCUCUUCAGGGGGGGCCGGGCAGGAGAACGGUGACCCUCACUACCGACACUACUCGCACCCAGAUAGAGACCAACCUAGACCGGAGUACCACCAGAGUGGAGGUGAACACCGCCAGGGUCCACGUGCGCCCGGUCCUCAGUGGGAGGAGGGAGUCCAGAGUCGCCCCCAGCAGCAGCCCCGGGGCCAAGAGCCCGGCCGCACCCACAGGGACAGGCCUGGCUCCGGCCCUCCUCCACCUCAAAGAGACAGAGAGCAUCGGGACCGGGGUCAGGAGCAGGUGGCUCACAUGGAUCAAUCCAGUGACCUCCGGCCAAAGUCCAGCUACACGGUGCGGGACAGCAGCCCUCAGUCUCCCAGGGACAAGAGGCCUCUCUCCGGACCCAACAUCUGCACCCCAAACCUUCCAGUGACUGAGGGCGUGAUGAGGACUGCCCAACAGACCACGCGGCCGUUUAACACCUACCCAAGGGCGGACAGCGAGGGCGGACGCAGCCCCACAGGACAGCCGGGUCGACACCAGGACUCUUCCCCUAAAAACGGCCCCUCUAGCGGCUCCACGCGAGUCUCCUCCAGCGCCAAGCCCCCUAUAAGCCACCCACAUCCUCAUCACACUUCCCACCCCAGCCUGACCCCUGAGGCCACCCAGCACCCUCACACCCAGCACCCCAAUGCUCCUGCCCCGCGCCCCCCUUUGCCCUCUGGGCCCCCAGCAUCGGGCGCUCCGCCCCAGGGCCGCUCACCGCAGAAGGAGCCCCAGAGGGUUUCCCACGAGCAGUUCAGAGCGGCACUACAGAUGGUGGUGGAUCCCGGCGAUCCACGGACCUACCUGGACCACUACAUUAAGAUAGGGGAGGGGUCGACUGGGAUCGUGUGUAUCGCCACAGUGAAGACCACAGGGAAACUGGUCGCCGUGAAGAAGAUGGACUUGAGGAAGCAACAACGCAGAGAACUCCUCUUCAAUGAGGUGGUGAUCAUGCGGGACUAUCACCAUGAGAACGUGGUGGAGAUGUACAACAGCUACUUGGUGGGAGACGAGCUCUGGGUCGUCAUGGAGUUCCUGGAGGGUGGAGCGCUCACUGACAUUGUGACACACACCAGGAUGAACGAGGAGCAGAUCGCCACGGUGUGUCUGUCCGUCCUGAAAGCUCUGUCCGUCCUCCACACACAGGGUGUGAUCCACAGAGACAUCAAGAGUGACUCCAUCCUCCUCACUCACGAUGGCCGUGUGAAGCUGUCAGACUUUGGGUUCUGUGCCCAGGUGUCUAAGGAAGUACAAAGAAGGAAGUCUCUGGUGGGAACCCCCUACUGGAUGGCACCAGAGCUCAUAUCCAGGCUGCCUUAUGGACCGGAGGUGGACAUCUGGUCCCUGGGUAUCAUGGUCAUAGAGAUGGUGGACGGGGAGCCGCCGUACUUCAACGAGCCGCCGCUCAAAGCCAUGAAAAUGAUCCGAGACAACCUGCCCCCCAAACUGAAGAACCUGCACAAGGUCUCCCCUCUGCUCAAGGGCUUCUUGGAUAGGAUGCUGGUGCGAGACCCGGCUCAGAGGGCCUCGGCCAACGAGCUUCUCAAACACCCCUGCCUGACGAAGGCGGGUCCGCCGUCCUGCAUCGUCCCUCUGAUGAGGCAGAACCGGAUGAGAUGAGACGUGCGACAACGAGCCCUCCAGUUCGCGGAGGGGGCAGCGCGUACGCAGGUUCAGAUGGAACAGAAUACUCCUGCACACGGAUAGAGGUGGACCGCAGAGGUCACAGCAGGGGGGGGGUCUGCGCUUCAGGGGCGGAGCUCUCUGAACCAGCUGCAAAGUGCAAACUGGGUGUGUGCAGGAGUAUUCUCUUUUUCUUAUGUGAAUCACUGAACUGUGGGAAGUGUCUUCCCUAAAUAUGAGGCAAUAAGGCGGUAUGAGUGAGUGAGUGUGUGUGUGUGAACAUGUACGUCUCUAAACAUAGUUGGUAGCACUGUUAAUGACAGUGUUUUAAUGGCUCACACAUGCGUGUGAGAGCCGAGGAGCCACAGCGUGCCCAAUGAGUGAUUUAAGACGAUUUUCACUCAAACACUUUGGUUUUAAUUGAAGACCUGAAAAGUUGGUGACUGUUUCUAUUUUUCCAUUUGGACCAUACCUGGAUUAUAAGUGUGAAGGUGGGGUUUUGCACACCAAUUGGAUGCUUUGAAGGAGCCGUGAGCCCGUUGGCGGAGUUUUUUAGAGACAGGUCGGAUCGUCAUUUUUAAUCUCACUGUGUUGACGGUCUGGAAGUCCGAACGCCUCUCACUACAAAGACUUGCUCCGCGGACGGGCCCCGGACUCGGACACCACCCUCGUCACACCCAGAACCUACUACUGAGGGAGAAACACUUUUGACUCAGUAAUGAGUCAGACAGACUUUAAUUUUGUAGCCCUAUAAAUUCUAGCUUCCUGUUGUAAACGAGCAAACAUACACUACGCCGAAAGGUAAACACUGGACUUGUGUUCUUUUUUUUACAAAUGAAUUUUCCUCUUAUUUUCAUGUGUAAGUACAAUGAACAUAGAGAGAGAUAUCAGUUUUUAUGUUUUGCUAUCUCAAGUUUGUGAAUGUUUUGUUAUUAUUUUUAAUAUGAUUUGUUUCCUGGUUUAUUUUAGACGGAUGUGGUGAAUUUUGAAGCACUGUCACGAGCGCUAAGAUAUGACUUGAUAUUCCAUCGUGUCGUUUUGUAGACCGGAUGUGACUAAAUGAGUCGGCGUGCGUCACUCGGAUGAGCAGGAAGAGGUUCUACAGAAACACGAAAACAACAAUGUUCCCACAUUAAGCUAAGUAGAUAACAAAAUCGUAUUUUUACAAUCGUGUUUUUUGAAGAGUAGGCUCAUCAGCACAAAACUAAAUGGUUCUUCUUGGGUAGAACAUGAACUUGAGCAGCUUUUUAGGCAAUCAGCGAGUCGUUAGUGUUUUUUUAUUCCGUGUUUCACGGUGCUGCCUCCUAACGCCGUAACUCCCCUGCAACAAACUGUUUCCAGUCAAAUGGCCUUUUCCUCCUUAAGCCACCUCAUGCUGCAAGAGUUUUAUUCAGAAACAAUGACACAGCAGCACAACACACACACACGGAAAAGAGUGAAACGGAUCAAGCGUGGUUAUUAUUUUUGCGUUAGCGCUUUUAAUGAAAAUCCAUUCUGAACACUCGUGAGUGGCUUCUGAUAACACACACACACAUCAACCGGCUUAAUGAAUUUACCCUCCAAAAAUACUCUGCAUCGGGCCUCAAUUGACUUCAUGAACAGAAGCAGCGUGACGUGUGGUUUUAGUCCAACCAGGAAGUUGGCAUUACACUGCUUCCCGAGACAAAACGCCAAUGGGAUUUUCCUCUGGAUUAUUGCAGAAAAUAACAAAUGUUCAGCAAGAUAAUCUUCUCCACCUUUAUCAACCGCCUUUUUCAAGGUGUGCUAAAGCUUUUAAAAAUCACAGGAAGGGCAUCUACUGAUGCAUUUUAGAUUAACAGAAUGUUCUUAUCUAAUCUUGCGUUAACCACAGACUUUAUAUUGGUCAUCCGACCAAAAACCCAUCGACUUCGAGACUGGGAACCAGAGGUUAAAAAACGCUGACUCGUUCCUGCAGCUCCCUAUCAGAGGAUUCUGUUCGAUUGUCUUAACACAAGAACUCUGAAUUCAUCUUCGGCCGCCCGAAUGAAACCACAGACCGUCCUGCUAUUGUCUGUCGGCUCACACCUUGAAGCGAGGAGACGCCACGAGAGACGCCGCUCCGUUGUGAUUCAACGUUCUCGAGGGAACGCGGCCUGCAGAACAUCCCCCCGCCCACGAGGCCGAGGCUGCUUCUUUCUUUACCGAGAGAGUUCUCGACCCUGAAUGCCUCCUGCCGAUCCAGAACUCCUCGAAGAUGAACACCUUUUGUCUCGACUGCAGCAGCUGAGCAGGAGGGCGGCAGUGGGUGUGCGCGCCUGAGAAAAGGUUCAGUGUUUAAUCCUUCAAUUAAAUGAAGCCUAACAUAAUCAUUCGGUCACAUAAUCUACUAUUUACAUGUUAGUUUGGGCCCAAAAAGAAGAAAUAAAUGGUUCAACCUCAUAGUUUAGUCGAUGCAAGGGGAGAAUACUGUUGGAACCUAAAAACAUGGGCCCUCAUGUACACGAGCUCUGGCUCGUAAAUACGAGAGCACAUGUCUUGAGGCAUGUCAGCCUGAACGUCGGUGAAUCAUAAACGCGACACUUAAACAUUUAACUUUCGAUUUGAGAAGAAAUUCCGGCUCGGCUGCUUACCAGACCGUCAAGUUUUGUGUGUGUGUCUGGAUUUUGUCUCUGUGUGUGUGUGUGUGUGUGUGUGUGUGUGUGUGUGUCUGUCUCUGUGUGCGUGUGAGCCGAGCCGAUAGAUUACGGGUUCCCAGAUUACGAAACAUGUUGUCCUCGGCCGGCUGAAUGACAAUCAGAUGCAGUAAUAUUCAGUUUGUGCUGUGAUAUUUCAGCUGAGACACUUGAAUGUUUCUCUCACUCUUCACGGUCCGAAAUCUCAGAUUCCACCAUCGAAUCUGCAUAAGUUUAUUCAUCCGACAAUACGUUUAAAAAAAAUGUUCAAACAUUGUUUGGGGACUGACAAUAAAUAGACUUUAUAAUGAAGCCGAGGACCUGCUGAACGGGUUCUGGUGUUUCCUGCUGUAUCUUUCGAGAGAAAUGGUGAAUAUGACCUUUUUAAAAGAGGGCCACUGGAAAUGAAACAAGGUUAUAAUAUUAAUUAAUACUGAAACAUUACUAGUUCCCUCCAAAAAGGAUAUAACACUAAAAACUAGGAGUAGGUUUAAUCCAGGAGUAAAAUGUCUUCAUAGAAUAAAGUCAAGAAGGUCCUGUGGAGAACGGGCAUGUUUUAGCGUGUUCGGAUCCUCACGUCACGGACCCUGAAGCGCUUCUUCUCCUGCUCAGCUGCUGUAGCACCACGGCCACAAAACUUAAUGAUGAAUAUGAAUUGGAAAUCAAUACAGUGUUUCUGAGAAGCAAUGCAGUUUCACAAAUCAUAAUAUUGCAAUUCUGUAGUGUAACAAACAUAUUCUUGAACACGCUAGUAAGCGGUUUACUAAAACAGAAUAAAAUCUCGUAACUUGGGCUUCUGACUUUAUUCUCCAAAUACUGCUACAAAUGUUGCCUUAAUUCUCUAAAGAAAAUCUCUGAGUAUUUAUUUUGCUCACCGUGGCCCAAAUCCUUCCUUGAGUGUUUUUUCUAAUGUUUUAGUUUGUUUGUGCGUCUCUUGUCCUUCCUGAGUCCAAGUGUGAACUCCCACACUCCGGCCAUACAGACUUCUUUGUUAUUCCUCAGCACACAUCAGAUCAGCUUUCCUUUAAUUAUCAUUGUGAAAAUCCUGAAACUGUUUCCUCGUGGACGACAUUUUAAUGGACCGGAUCCUACUGCGGUGUGUUGCUGCGUGGGGGGGGGGGGGUCACGUGCACAUUCAUAACUUUACAAUCACUGCUUCCGACUGUUGGAGACGGAGGAGGACGUUUUUAUUUUUUGGGGGGAUGAAACUUUGGGUUCCGGCCGGCAGCGCUUCAGAUGGAGGAGGAUGUUUCCGGGGUCGGCCUCAAGGCGGCGCUCUUCUCUUCUCCAGUUCACCAGAGCUUCCCAAAGCGGCACGUUGAUUUCUUUAUUGAUCUCCUGUGGUUCAGAGUUCACAACACGGUCCAGCAGACCUGCAGGACGUGGUCACCGAGGCCCGCUCACCAUUAUUGACCAACCGGCGUGCUCUUUAAAAUAUGUGACCAAUAAAAGCAGAUUUUUGUUUUUUCAACUGUUCUUCCCAACAUCUUAUUUUUGUAAAUUUCGCUGGUGUUUAAAAAACAUAGACUUCACUUUCUUUUCUUUGCAAAUACAGAGUUUGUAAAAGUUG